AUGAACAAGGAAGAAUUGACAUUACCUGGCUUCUCACAGAAUGUUAUCCAAACUCAUAUUCCAGAGAACACAGCUGUCACUGAUGACAAUGUGACUCAAGGCGAUGAAAAUGUGGAGCGAGGAAACUGGUCUUCGAAGACUGACUACCUGCUCUCAAUGAUUGGCUAUGCUGUGGGUCUGGGUAAUGUCUGGCGAUUCCCUUAUCUGGCGUACAGAAAUGGAGGAGGAGCAUUUCUUAUUCCCUACGUUAUCAUGUUAAUGCUCACUGGGAUGCCACUGUUUUUCUUGGAAUGCUCCUUUGGACAAUUUGCCAGCCUUGGACCAGUUGCAGUGUGGAAAGCAGUUCCAGUCUUGCAAGGUGUGGGCAUUACUAUGGUCCUGAUAUCAACACUUGUGACCAUUUAUUACAACUGCAUCAUUGCGUACAGCCUGUUCUACCUGUUUGCCUCCUUCCAAUCCCCUCUGCCGUGGGCAGACUGCUUCAGCUGGUGGGGAGCAGAUGAAGCCUGCAGCAGAACAUCAAACGAUCCACUCUGCAAUAUCACAUUGGACAAUGAAUAUUUUGAAAUUGUUAAUUCAACAUGGCUGCAAGAAAACAAUGUAACUUGCAUGAAUGGAUCAAAAAUUGACGUUUCUCACCAGGCUCCAAGUGAGCAAUACUGGGAUAAAGUGGCUUUACGUCGUUCGAGUUCAAUCAGUGAGACGGGGCAGAUAGUCUGGUACUUAGCUCUCUGCCUGCUUUUGGCCUGGCUGAUAAUUGCAGUCACACUAUCUAAAGGAAUCAAAUCUUCAGGAAAGGUGGUUUAUUUCACUGCAACGUUCCCUUACGUGGUUCUUAUUAUACUACUGAUCCGAGGUGCGACUCUGGAUGGAGCCUAUAAAGGAAUUGAAUUCUAUAUUGGAAGCCAGUCAGAUAUCAGUAGACUAACUGACGCUGAGGUCUGGAAAGAUGCUGCAACUCAGAUAUUCUAUUCAUUAUCAGUUGCUUGGGGAGGUUUAACAGCAUUGUCAUCCUACAAUAAAUUCCACAACAACUGUUACACAGAUGCCAUCACUGUCUGUAUUAUUAAUUGUGCUACGAGUAUUUUUGCUGGAUUUGCCAUCUUCUCUGUCCUUGGACAUAUGGCUCAUAUACAAGACAAGCUUGUUUCAGAAGUCGCAAGAUCAGGUUUUGGUUUGGCUUUCAUUGCCUAUCCGGAGGCUCUUGCCCAGCUGCCAGUGGCACCAUUUUGGUCAAUUUUGUUUUUCUUCAUGCUGGUCACACUCGGACUUGACAGUCAGUUUGCAAAUAUAGAAACUAUUAUGACAACCAUGAUAGACAGGUUCCCAAAGCAUCUACAAUCAAAACGUCUUGUAAUGACAAUAGGCCUUUGUUUGUUGUUCUUUUUCCUUGGUCUCUUAUGUGUAACACAGGCUGGGAUUUAUUGGAUCAAUCUCCUGGAUCAUUUCUGUGGUGGAUGGGGAAUUCUUGUAGCAGCUGUGGUGGAACUUGUUGGUGUAAACUGGAUCUAUGGGGUGAACAGAUUCAUCAAGGACAUUGAGAUGAUGAUUGGGGAAAAGAGUUGGAUAUUCUGGCUGUGGUGGAAAUUCUGUUGGUUUUUUAUCUCCCCAUGCCUGCUGACAGCAAUUUUAAUUUGGUCUUUCGUGACAUUUGUUCCACCAACAUAUGGAAAUGUUCAGUAUCCUUCCUGGGCAACAGCACUUGGCUGGUGUAUGAUUAUUUUCUGUAUAAUAUGGAUCCCCAUUAUAGCCGUUGUGAAAAUUGUCCAGACUGAGGGCUCAAGUUUACUUCAGAAAAUCACCAAAUCUUUCAAGCCAGCUCCAGACUGGGGUCCAUAUUUAAAGCAACACCGAGGGGAGAGAUACAGCAAUAUGCUUGAUUCUAAACAAACUACUCUGUCUGAGAUGGCAAAACUUUAG